AUUCCAUUACGACUGAUCACCUCCCGCAGUGGAAUUCGCUCGAUACAGGACAGUGGAAUUGCUACGCAUACAAAGACCAUAAAUGUCAGAAGAAGUUCGAGGAGCCUACAGGACUUCUGCCACGUCACUCAAUAGACAUCUAUGGGUCUCACAACAUCGAGUUCGCGACUCCGAGGUGUUAUGGGUCUGAGCAAGUUCCCGCCGACAGUGAAAGGCGCUCUGUCGAGCCAACACCAUGUGCAUCAACGGCAUCAAGCGAUGAGAACGUACGAUACGGGCUUGCCGAACGGAAGGGUGGUGGUCGGGGAGGGCAUGGUGGAGGCGGAGGUAGCUUGCGUAGCGCUCAUCAUUGGUACUGGUACGGUGAUGAUGGUGAAGGAUAUCCAUACGCCAAGCAUCCCCAUUGGAGGACGAUUUACAAGCGCUCGUUUCUGGGGCGCAGCGGUGGCGGAAAUAGUGGUGGCGGACACGCUUCCACCAACCCUAGCAGAUCAUCAACCUCGCCAUCCAGCAAGUCAGUCUCGGGCAAAUGGGGCUCGACUAGCUGGUUCAGUCGAUCGGGCGCAAAUCGGGGCGGAUCACCAAGUGCAUCAACGUCGUCGGGUCCAGGGUCACACCCUCCUCAGAAAUCAGCUAAGGCCGUCAAAGCUCUUUGGACUGCAAAUGCUAACGGAGUAGACGUUGUUGGACUCCUGCUCUGCGAAACCUCCAACAAAAGAGAAUGCUUAGAGAUUCGGCAACCCUCCCACCAAUGCCGCUCUCUUCCGGUGCGGUAUUUGGGGUAUAAAUGGAAGAUUGCAUUAACGGCAAACGUACUAUGCACACCUUUUGCGGACACGGGUUGCGAUAAGCCGAUCAGAGGUCUCAGCCUGCCAUAUCAAGCCAGUCGCUAUUCGCGCCGUACCUUUUCAUUUGGCAGUUUCUAUUGCAGACAACUUUCUCCUAGCAAACAAAGCCAUGCUGAAGCUGGCAACGCAACCCAUCAGAAUGGUUCGCCACAUGCUGGCAUAUCUACUCCCGAUCCAGCACCAGUCACUGCACAGCAAGGACAACCCUACAGUACGGGAGGAGAUGGAUAUUCUGGAGCGCAACCUGGUGGUCAGAGUGGAUACAGCAGGUUUGGUUCAAACAAUGGCAUGUUGGGGUCGCCAUAUAAUGCUGGUGGUCAGGACAGCUACAAUCAGGGCUAUGGCUCGAGUCCUCCUUACACUGCUCCAGGAUCAACGUAUGGUCAAUCAGCUGGCUAUGAUAGCCCUGGCGAGCCUGCUGGGUUCGAUGGACAGGCUCAGCAACAAGGAGCGUAUCCAGAUUCUGAGGACCGCUCUGGAGGUUUACGCAGUUCUGGCACAAGUGACGAUGAUCAAGCCCAGAAUUCGAACAAUGAGUACCAAAAGAGUCCUGGAAAGGGAGUUCAGAGCGCGAAUUCCGAGGAUAUUGACUACCAGGGCUCGGUUUCAGGCAUGGGCGGUAAAGACAGGUACGAUGAGCAUGAAGCCGAAGGCACAUCCCAACAUCCAGGAUCUGAUGCGGGCGCUGCCGAAGCUCCAAGUGGCAAGAAGGGGUAUGAUGAUUAUGAAGAUGAAGGUACAUCUCAGGAUUUGGGCUCAAAUUCAGGCUCUGGUAAAGGCUCUGGUAAAGGCUCUGGUGGUGGUGAGUACGAUGAACAUGAUAAGACUGUUUCCUCUGAGGCCCAGGAUGAAGAAAGUGGUUCCGGGCGCAAUGAUCUGAAAUCUGAAGCUGAUGCAAGUAAUAUGGGAGAGGAGGAAGAUCAGCGGGACAGCGACAGACGUCGGCCCUCCAAUGCUAGUCUACAAUCGGCUAAUGGUGACGACUCUGGUUACGACACCCAGAGUGAGGAAGAUGGGAAGGCGCAUGGCGAUAGCCAGAGCUAUCGGUCUUCGACUACGGAACAAAGGAAGAGGACUGUGCACCAGCGCAGUAAAUCGCGGGACCUCCACAGUGUCACACCCGGAGGUGAUGAGCCAUCAAAGCGUGAGUCUUACCACGUUCCCAUCAAAGCCGGCGUGACGACACUUACAACAUACGUCAAACGGCCCUCGCCUACGACAAACGUAGAUGCUGGCACGCCGAGCGCUGUGAUCGCGACCGUCAAUUUUGCCACGCCUCCAAAUGACAUCACACCAUUGGAAGCUGUGGCCAGAGCCGCCGAGGUAGACAGUCGUGAUCACGAUGGGGGGGCCUCAACGCACAACGACCCACGAUUGAACAAGAAACGAGAACCGUUGGCAAGCUACGGCCAGACCGACCCCAACUCCAACACUCUAGCCGCUGGCUCAAAUGGUAAUACGUACCCGCAAGGAGAUUUUACUGGAGGUUCAGGAACCAAUCCGAACACUAAAGUGAAGACUCCAUAUGGUUCCGCUGAAAGCAAUGACCAAAUCAACAGCAAUACGGGACGGCCAUCUUACAGUCAGCCUGGUUACAACCACGCGCCUGCUCAGAACUCUGGGUCACAGUCGGGCAACAAGAACGCCCCUUACCAGACUGACAUGAAUCAGAGGAACAUGUACAAUGAUGGUAGUGAGAUCGGCCCAGGGACUGGAAGUGGGACCAGCGGACAGGCAAUAUAUGGUGACACUGGCAGCGGUCGAGGCGGAAACGUGCAGCCAGCCUCAAAUAGCGGCCCGGACAGUCGCUAUGGCAGCUCGACGGACAAUCUUGGGACCAACGGACAAGGGUCACGGCCUUACACUAAGCAAGGUGGCAUGCACAGUGAUGAUCAGGACGGCGGAGCGACCGGUGAAGACGAUGAAGCCGGUGAAGAUGGUGAGAAUGGCGAGAACGGUGGGAACGAUCCAUAUGGCCAAUCUGGUCAAGCUCCACCAUAUCAAGGUUCUCGUCUGGGCUACUCUGGUGUGCCCAACUCUGGCGGAGAUUCGAGAUACGGUACCGGCAAGGAAGAGUGUGAUGAAACGCAAUAUCCCGGAAGCUGCGACUCGUCGUCCGCAAGUCCUUACGCUACCGAUCCUGAUAUCUCACAGCUCCGUAAUAAUCUUCCUGGUAGUUUGCCAAGCAUCCUUAAGCUAAGCAAUCCUUUCGGGAAAUCUGGAGGCAAGACAACUGAUCCGGAGACACCUGAACUCAAUGAGAAGCCUGCACAACCGAGCCCACCUUUGAAUCCAGCUCCGAAUGGCAACAGCGGUGGGGACACUCAUGGCGUAACAGGGCAGCCUGCACCGAUUUCUCCUCCGGUGGCCAGUCCAACAUCACCCACAGCGGAGCCCCCAAAAUCAACCCCAUCCGCCUUAGAUCCACCACCCCCACCAACGCCCUCCCAAACUGGUCCGACUCCCACAGAUCCUGUGGAGCAAGCGAAGGAGUCAACGGAGUCUCAAAUAGCGAAGGAGAGUCAAGCUGCGGCGACGUCACCCAAGACGUGUAAGCGGAGAAACAAGUCGAAGAGUAAGAAGCCUAGCAGUGGUGACGACCCGGAAGGGGGAGGUUCAGGAUCGUCUGGUGGGAAGUCUGGAAAGUGUUGA